AAUUUUUAUACAUUUUAUCGAAUAUCAAUCGAGUAUUCACUGUCAUUAAGAACACUUGUGAGAGUCUUGCGUUUUGUUGAUAAAAUAUAGAAUAUGGAGAAACCACGGGCUAAUAAACGUAGGGAGAGGAAGGAUAAAUCAAACCAUGCUAUCAAAAUAGUGGUUCGACACUUGCCACCGACAAUGACCGAACAGGAGUUUUUGGAGCAAGUGGAUCCAUUGCCGGAGAACGAUUCCUACUAUUAUUGCCCAGCUGAUUGGUCGCUUGGGCAAGAGGCAACAUGCCGGGCGUACAUUGAUAUGUCGCUCAAGGAUAUUUCGGAAGUGCUGCAGUUUCGCGACCGCUUUGAUGGCUAUGUAUUUGUGGAUUCGAAAGGAGCCGAAUACGUUGCCAUUGUGGAGUAUGCGCCAUUUCAAUGCUUUAUGAAGAAUAAAGCGCGUAAUCACGACAACAAAGUGAAUACUAUUGAAAAGGAAUCGCAUUAUCAGGAUUUCCUGCAAAAACUCGCAGAGGAACGUGAAGAAGCGAUUCGCUUAGGCGAUUUGAAGAUUGAUAUUCCGCUCGAAAGCCGAACCGAUGAAAAGGUUAAAUCGACUCCACUGCUGCAAUACUUGGCUAACAAAAAAGAAAAGCGUCGCGAAGAAGCCCGUAAGCGAAAUGAGGAAAAGCGAAAGCAGCGCGAAGAACAGAAACUUCUAAAAUCAAUGGAAACACCUGAAAACAGCAAACCGAAGGAUUCCGCUGGUGAGAGCAAAAAAUCACUUAAUAAUAAUAAUAAUCAGAAGAAGGAGUUCAACAAAGAGGGACAAGGUGCAGAUAAGGCUGCCAAAAACUCACGCUCCAAACGUCGAACGGAACGCGACCAGCGUCGGCGAGAAGAACACGAGCAAAGGAAAUUGGCGCGAGAUCGCGAGCAAAGAGACAAGAAAAACGAUCGCAAUGAGAAGCCUGAAAAAGAUAAUUCGAAUAAGAAAUCAUCAAAACAAACCCAUCAGUCCAAGGAACAACAGCAUUUAAUCAAGGAAGUUACAAUACUAAAGAAAGAAAUUAAAGCUGAUUCCAAUGUAGCUGUGUCAAACACGGAUACGGAUAGAUCAGCAGAAGCGUGCAGUGAACGGCUCGCCACAAAUCCGAGUAACAAAGAUGUAACCAAGGCGGCCCCCAAAUCGACAGAUCGCGACUCCCAGUCAACGAGUCAGUCGGAAGCACGCAGAGCCGCCAAUCGUCGAUCAGCUGACGAGCGUCGCAUCAGAAAUAAGGAUCGUCCAUCUAUUGCCAUAUACCAACCCAAAGCUAGAAAUCGCCUGGGGUCAGAAGAGAAUUCCCCAAACGACUCCAAGGAUUCCAGCCGGCCAACAGAAAUGCCCGUCUUUCCCACCGAAGCGGAUAACAAUUUAAUGCCAGAUGAAAAAUCCAAGAAUAGACGCUUUGGAAGGCGGAACAAGCAGAAGCCUCAAGACAGCAAGGAGACUGCUGGGAGUGCUGAGCAUGCACGUUGUGUAUCCAAGUCAUCCGAAAGUAGCACAAGUGCACAUUCUACAACUUUGAAAUAAUUUAAUAUGUUCAAAAAUACAAAAUUUAUACUGGUUGUAGCUGAUUCUGAUGUGUUGAUUUAUUAUUAGUAAAAAUCAUUCUCGAUGUCCAUAGGA